AUGUCGCAAACAAUGCUAGGGCGAAUUCUCAGUAUCCAGUCUCAUGUCUCAUUCGGGUAUGUGGGAGGGAAGGCUGCAGUGUUCCCCCUGCAAUGCCUUGGAUAUGAUGUAGAUGUGAUAAACACUGUUAAUUUCUCUAACCAUUCUGGAUAUGGCCGGUUUGGAGGCACGAGGACUACUGCAGCUGAACUUUCCGGGAUCUUUGGUCUGAUGGAAAAGAAUGAGCUGCUACUAUGCGAGCGAUUGCUCACAGGAUAUGUCCCUGGUGCGGAAGCGUUAUCUGCUGUUCUGGGUUUGGCUGCCAAGAUGCGGCGGCAAAAUACAGAACUCAUAUAUCUGCUAGACCCUGUCUUGGGGGAUGCAGGCAAACUGUAUGUUGCACCUGACACGAUACCAAUAUACCGCGAAGCCCUACAAUACGCCUCAAUAAUAACUCCAAACUGGUUUGAAGUAGAGAUAUUGACCGACGUCCGAAUGACGGACCUGGCUUCUCUACAGCGCGCUAUCAAGAUUCUGCACAACGAAUACCACGUGCCCAACGUCGUGAUCAGUUCGAUCCCACUUCGUGAAUGGCUCCUCAAAGCGCUGCCUGCGGAUGUCCACACGCAAGUUGCACCGUCGGAUCUCGACUUCCUGGCAUGCAUAGCCUCGUCCUCACACGUAACCGCUGACACGUCCACGAAGCCAGCGGUACAUGUAGCAUGCAUCCCAUGUCUCCCGGGGUACUUCUCCGGCGUGGGGGACCUCUUUUCUGCGCUUGUUUUAGGGCACUUCAACCUCCCUCGAACCACAUCCGCGCCUGCAGGCGGGGCACCAGAGACUCCACUGUCAUACGCAGUAUCGCAGGCAUUGACAAAAACACAUGCGAUCCUCAUGUUGACACACCAGCAUGCCGCGAGCCUUCCGGAAGCUGACCGUCUACCCACCGACGAGGAGCUGGACACCCAUGAACCGGACAGGAAAGUACGGCGGAUGCGUGGGCGAGAAUUGAGGCUGAUACAGGGACAAGACAUUAUAAGAGGCACGCGACCAUCUCUGUACAGACAGAUGAUGCCUUGGCCAUCCUUCUGGGAGACGUAG